AUGCACGAAACAUGCGCAACUGAUACCAAUCAAGUACAACUCGUCAUAUCGAGUGUAAUCGACACCAUAAUUCAAAAGAAUCUCCAGAAGGCAGGUAUGAUGUGA